AUGGCGCGUCUGAACACCCAACCAGCAUCUUCCGAUACCGAAACCGAAAGCCAGGCGCUCUCCAGUUCUCCCAAUCGAGAAAGGCCUCCUCGUCUUGUCUCCGACACUCCUCCAUCGCCCACCCAGUCUUCGGAUUCUGAUAAGGAGAACCGCCGCCAACAGUCCACCAGCAAAGGAAAACGCAAGGUCGCGGUCGGGUCUAUGCCAGACCGAUCCGCCGCUGCUGCAAGCCAGCACACACCCAAGCGAAGAAGAGUAAGUGGUGAAGACGCCAGCCAGACGCAGAAACAGUUCUACGACCCGGAGCAAAACCCCGAAGAACGCAGACUUGUGCGUAAAGGUCUACGCAGCCUUUUCGCCAGACUCAACGAUUCCAAGACCGAGUACCUACAGCCGGAUUCCAAAGGGCUUGAAGAAACUCUCCGCGAGGCAGAUGAGCUGUACAAGAAUGUCAAGCAGACCUCGGAAGCGACAAUAGACUCGCGGUUGCUGGUGGAGACAGCCGACUUAUCGUAUAGAAAGAUCAACAACCUGACUCUCGGAGAUGGGAGCACGGGCAUUGACGUGGACGACUUCAUCACGAAAUGUAUUGGAUUUAUGAAACGUGGCGAUGAGCCCGGUUAUCAAAGCGCAACUCAACAAGACCGAAAUGAGCUGCAGAGCACCCAGACCCAUACCCAGACCCAGCGGAGACGGCGGCGUCCUGCGCCGGAUCUGGAAGAGGGCGAGGAUGAGGGCGACACUCUCAACUGGAGCUAUCUCGGUCGGAACGCCUGUUUUCUUUACAACGCGCGGCCAUGCUUGACGGGUUUUCUGCUGGGUCCGUUGUCAGUGCAGAAGAAAAAAAGACAACAGACGCAGCGGAAAGCGCGUGAGGCCCGGACGGAUACGUCGCAGGUCGUGCGGCCCGUUCAGCUGGGUGACGAGGAUCUCGAGAAACAAGAAUCGGCGAACCUGACCGUGAUAUGCACGGAGAUCGCGCGGCUCUUGCAGACUGCUCAAGAUACCGGCAUGAAGAACGUGGAGAGAGAGUACGACGAACAAGAUGACGAUGCAGACUUGACGGAAGACCAGGUGCGAGAGAUCCUACAACGGCACGGGAUGGCGGAUAACGGAUGCGUGCCGCUGUUCAACUUCUGCGUCAACCCGCGAUCGUUUGGCCAAACCAUGGAGAAUCUGUUCUACGUCAGCUUCCUGAUCAAAGAGGGCAAGGUCGGGCUCGACUUCGACUCCCAUGGCCUGCCGACUCUGGGCAUUGCCGCCUCACGGAGCGUAGCUGAACGGCAAGAAACGCAGAAGAACCAGGCAGUCUUCACGCUUGACUUUGCUGUCUGGGAGGACAUCGUCAAGACCUUCGGCAUCCAGAAAAGCGUCAUUCCGCACCGCAAAGAUGAGAAGUACGACGACGGCAUUCUCGAUGUCGACGGUGACGGUGACGGUGACGGUGACGGUGACGGUGACGGUGACGGUGACGGUGAUGUGGAUGUUGGUCGCAUGGACCAGCUCGACCACCGUGAACGUGGGCAGGUAGGAGGAGGACAUUAUGAAGACACCGAAGUCUCGGACGCCUAUUCUUAA